GAUGAUAUACCAAACCGAAAUGACGCCUCAUCAGAUAGAUAUAGGCGUUCGCGAUGAAUCAAAACACCGUCGGGUUACAGCACCAAUGAAUGACCAGCUUCAAUCACGAUCUUUUAGUGAAUCUCUACAAACCACCUGUAAACUCCAAAAUGGCAAUGUACCUUCACAUUCUUGGUCAUCAUUACCUCCAAAUUACCAAAUUAUUCCCACUAUAAAAGAUAACUGGGGCCGACGUAUCAGCUUGAAUGUUGGUGGAAUUAAGCAUCAAGUUUUGGGUCGCACAUUGGACAGACUUCCACAUAGCCGGCUAGGUCGUCUAAGACAGUGUAAAAACAUUACAGAAGUAAUGAAACUAUGUGAUGAUUACGAUUACGAAGAACGUGAAUUUUUCUUCGAUCGUCAUCCUGGUACUUUCAGCUCAAUUCUAAACUUUUAUCGCACAGGAAGUCUCCACUUGGUGGACGAAAUAUGUGUGGAGUCGUUCAAAGAUGAUCUGAAUUAUUGGGAAAUAGAUGUAAAUUAUCUGGAACCUUGCUGCUUGCAUAGGUACAACCAGAAAAAAGAAUAUAUUCAAGCAGAGCUAGAAGAGGAACUUAUGGACGACCAAGAAGAAGAUGAAAUAUUUGAAGAAGGAAGGUGUACCAGACAUAGAAAAUUUCUUUGGAACUUAAUGGAGAAACCGACGUCUUCUAUUUCUGCAAGGAUCGUCGCUACUCUCUCAAUCCUCUUCAUAAUUUUAGCAACUAUUGCACAGACGCUGAACACCCUCCCCAGUCUUCAAACAAAACUUGCUAAUGGUCAAUAUGAAGAAAAUCCCCAUCUAGCUACGGUGGAAGUUAUAUGUAUUUCUUGGUUUACUCUUGAGUAUGUUCUCAGGUUUAUGUCAUCACCAAAGAAAUGGAAGUUCUUUAAAAGCCCGUUGAAUAUCAUAGACUUAUUGGCCAUUUUGCCAUACUAUGUCUCCUUAAUGCUGAUUAAACUGGAUAAUGACUCGGAGCAGUUUGAAGAUGUUCGGCGAAUUAUCCAACUCUUUCGUUUGAUGAGGAUCCUUAGAAUCUUAAAGCUAGCCCGUCAUUCCACGGGAUUACAAAGUUUUGGGUAUACAAUGCAGAAUAGUUAUAAGGAACUGGGACUCUUGAUUUUGUUCCUUGCGAUUGCAAUCAUGAUAUUUUCUAGUCUUGUAUACUUCGCAGAGAAGGAUGUACCGAAAACACUGUACACCAGUAUUCCCAACACGUUUUGGUGGGCAUGCAUUACUAUGACAACUGUUGGCUAUGGAGACAUGUAUCCUGAAACUCCGUUAGGUAAAGCUGUAGGCAGUAUCUGCUGUAUCUGUGGUGUACUGAUUAUUGGACUCCCUGUUCCCAUUAUCGUCAAUAACUUCGCAGACUUUUACAAAAAACAAGUAAAACGCCAGAAAGCUCUUGAGAGAAAAGGACUAAUACAGAAUGCAAAAGAUGCUGGAAAAUUACCUCCUUUACUUCCUUUGCAAAGCGUGAACGACUUCUUAACGUCUACGUCAGUCAUAAACUCCAAUGAAAAGACGAACUUUACUAACCAGGAGUCGGCAUCGUUUUGAUGACGUUCUUCGUCACCUGAAGACAUAGUUUGUUUUUUUAAGUAGAGUUCCAGUUUUGAACGUAUUAAGAUUUCUGGUAUGUUUACGACUUCAGUAGUAUCUCUCUGUGAUACUCUUAUAAAACCUUUGAUCAACAAUUGAAAGUUUCAUCAAGAUAUUUCGUACCCUUAACUUAUUUAUACAUAUACUGUUUUCUUGUGGUAUCUUACAACUC